CAAUAUUCGGACGGUUCACCGGGGCCACGCCUCUCUUCUCUCCCUUUCCAAGGGCCGCCGCAUCCACUCCGCCCCCCGCCUCGCAGUGCCUCCCCACCGCCCUCCGCGCCCGGCAGGCGACGUCCCGUUCCAGAUCCAGGAUUCAAACAAACCAGUACAUUACCACCAUGGUUCUUGAUUCAUUAUCAUCACCUCACAGGAGGUCCCAAAACACAUUCUUCGUGUCAUCUGCAAAAAAGCCUCAGUCAUCUCGUGACGACAGUUGGUCUGCACUGGUUGAGCGACACCGGUUUCUCCUGACGACACUCCUUGUUCUUGCCUUCCUGUGCACUGUCUAUCUGUACUUUGCAGUAACCUUGGGGGCAUCAGAUGCUUGCACUGGAUUGACAGGAGCAGAGAGGAUUGAGUGCCAGGCAAGAUCAGUGCUGCAACAUGGAAAGUUGAAAUUCCGAUGACUUUGGAGACUCAUUGAUGAAGACCAAAUUAUUGAGUUUUAUAUGCACUCGGGUCACAUGACAAAUUCUUGAUACCAUGUAUCUGUAUAUGGUGGGGUGGCUGAUGUUAUUGGACCACAAAAUUUGCUGUACUGGUAGAGGCAAAUCUAAUAGUUAGGGUUGAGCUUGUGGAAACGGGUAUACUGGGGUAGGCCCAUAUUGUUCUUUUACCUUGGUGUGCGAAAAACAUCAUGGCGUCUGUAAUUCUUCCAGGAGAUAUUGGUAUUGUCUCCCUUGAGACAUACUCACAGUUAAUUUGAAACCAUGCUACCUUGAGUACCGUUAAUCCUAUGUCGGUUUCCAUUUACUAAG